AGAGGGCGGAGGGAUGGGAGGGGGAAGGGAAGGGAAGGGAAGAGAAGGGAAGGGAAGGGAAGGGAGGGGGUCUAGCCUGCGAGCAAGGUCUCUUGCUGCCGGGAUUGGGGGGAGGAAUGGGUGGGGUGGGGCAGUGAGAGACCUUGCUCGCAGGCUAGACCCGGGGAGGGUUUUGCUGCUCAACACAAUUUUUUUUUUUCUUCUUACUUUUAUGAAAUUCUUGACUCAAAAUAAGCACUUUUAGAAAAAGAUGCAUUGACGUAAGAAAAAAACGGGGAAAAAAACGACGUGUGCGAAGAAACCAGCAAAAUUUGUGAUUAUACAGUUGUCAAUACUAAUGGGAACAACUUCUCCACACUUUGAGACCCACAGGACGCUUUUUCCCACAUUCAACUUCGCGACCCUUUUCUUUAAUGCAGUGCAUAAACAGACCAUGAAGUUCCAAACUGCUCUUCGUCUGAAGUUGGAGAAUUUUCUUUAUUGGUCAUGGACCUUGGGUUACAUUUAACAGCCUGAUUUUAAGACUGGAUUGGAAAUAGCUUGAAUUAACCUUGCCUGCGAAAGAAACACGACCUGAUGGAAUUUCUAAACGUCAAUAGGCCGGGCAAACAAUGUUUGUUUGGUUCAUCUUGUCAACUGCCUUUUGGGUCAAGUUCGAAACUGAUGGAGAUCUCCUGGAAAUGUCCCUGGGACUCUUGUGAUGUCUCAAGUAAGAGGAUGUAAGUAUAUUUCAUUCUGGAAAAAACGUCUUUUACCUGCCGUAGGACACGCAGGAUACCACUUCGUUUUGAUCUUUCAGGCUGAGUUCAUGAUUCUAUUACAAGUUUUCGGUCGCAUCGAUAGCAUUUUAGUAUGAUUUACACUGCUACUUGCAGAUUUCCUAUUGCAAUCAAAAGGGUAGCAGAUUCAGGCUAGAGUACUGUAGUUGCCUAGUUAGAGAAAAACGCCGUUUUUCUUGAUUUCGAAAACAAAGGGUCAUAUUGCUGGCUCCAAGUCUAUUAAAAGUCCCAUAACCUUCGCGUUUUUCAUUUAUAAGAUCAAUUUUGCUCGUUGCAGGAACACUUGUAAAAGGCGUGAGAAUAACAUGCAUAUUCUCCAUACUCAUUCCUUUACCGUUCAUCUGGCGCUAACCAGGAGAAUUUGAUUAGAAAUCACAAUUUCUUUCGCUGCUGAGCAGUUUGCUCUAUUUUCAGCCUUUUAUGAUUGAUACUGUUCAGUGGUAGGAUAUAUAGCCAGAAUGUAAAUUGAUGUUGAUCACUGUUAACCGUACAGAAACUGUUUCUUGUGAUCACAACUGAAAGCAAACGCACCGACGGACAUUUCAAGUAUUUCAAUAUUAUACAAAAGUUACGGCUAAAAUCAAAAUUGCCCGUCGGAAAAACGUGAAAGCGCUAAGUGCUUUUUUAAAUGUACGAGCAUUCCGAAAGAUACAAGAAUCCAUUGAAAAGAAGCUUUCAAAAGCCGAGAAGGCUACAGUUUCCAUUAUGUUUGGUAAACUUUGGUUUGUUUUGGUUCUUGGACCUGUGGGACCUCAGGGACCUCUGGGCCGAAGGCUCAUGAUGUCAUUGUUUUUUUAACAGCCAAUCAAGGGCAAGAAUUUGAUUUGCAUAUGAAUAACAUACAAAAAAACCAUUGAAUUCGUAACCGAGCCGGGAUAGCGCAAUUGGCAUAAGCAUUGAAUUGGUAAUUAAUUGGCAAACAAAGAGGUGACGGGUUCGAGUCCCGCCUGAUUAGCAUAAAAAAGAAAAAAAAAAAAAAAAAAGAGAGCGCGGCUUGGAUCUGGGAGGGCUUGGGGCGAGGAGAGGGAAGAUAAAAGGCCUUGGGAAGGGUAUGGGAAGCGGGAGUUGGUACACCGGUCCGGGGGCGGGCCGGGGGAGGGCAGGGAGAGGGGGGCAGGUGGGAGGGGGUAGGUAGAUAGGUAGAUUGGUAGAUUGAGGGCUAGGUAGAUAGAUAGAUAGAGAGGUAGAUAGGUAGAUAGGUAGAGGUGGGUAGGUAGAUAGGGAGAUAGGUAGAGGGCGGAGGGAUGGGAGGGGAAGGGAAGGGAAGGGAAGAGAAGGGAAGGAAGGGAAGGGAGGGUCUAGCCUGCGAGCAAGGUCUCUUGCUGCCGGGAUUGGGGGAGGAAUGGGUGGGGUGGGGCAGUGAGAGACCUUGCUCGCAGGCUAGACCCGGGGAGGGUUUUGCUGCUCAACACAAUUUUUUUUUUUCUUACUUUUACUUUUAUGAAAUUCUUGACUCAAAAUAAGCACUUUUAGAAAAAGAUGCAUUGACGUAAGAAAAAAAACGGGGAAAAAAAACGACGUGCGAAGAAACCAGCAAAAUUUGUGAUUAUACAGUUGUCAAUACUAAUGGGAACAACUUCUCCACACUUUGAGACCCACAGGACGCUUUUUCCCACAUUCAACUUCGCGACCCUUUUCUUUAAUGCAGUGCAUAAACAGACCAUGAAGUUCCAAACUGCUCUUCGUCUGAAGUUGGAGAAUUUUCUUUAUUGGUCAUGGACCUUGGGUUACAUUUAACAGCCUGAUUUUAAGACUGGAUUGGAAAUAGCUUGAAUUAACCUUGCCUGCGAAAGAAACACGACCUGAUGGAAUUUCUAAACGUCAAUAGGCCGGGCAAACAAUGUUUGUUUGGUUCAUCUUGUCAACUGCCUUUUGGGUCAAGUUCGAAACUGAUGGAGAUCUCCUGGAAAUGUCCCUGGGACUCUUGUGAUGUCUCAAGUAAGAGGAUGUAAGUAUAUUUCAUUCUGGAAAAAACGUCUUUUACCUGCCGUAGGACACGCAGGAUACCACUUCGUUUUGAUCUUUCAGGCUGAGUUCAUGAUUCUAUUACAAGUUUUCGGUCGCAUCGAUAGCAUUUUAGUAUGAUUUACACUGCUACUUGCAGAUUUCCUAUUGCAAUCAAAAGGGUAGCAGAUUCAGGCUAGAGUACUGUAGUUGCCUAGUUAGAGAAAAACGCCGUUUUUCUUGAUUUCGAAGCAAAGGGUCAUAUUGCUGGCUCCAAGUCUAUUAAAAGUCCCAUAACCUUCGCGUUUUUCAUUUAUAAGAUCAAUUUUGCUCGUUGCAGGAACACUUGUAAAAGGCGUGAGAAUAACAUGCAUAUUCUCCAUACUCAUUCCUUUACCGUUCAUCUGGCGCUAACCAGGAGAAUUUGAUUAGAAAUCACAAUUUCUUUCGCUGCUGAGCAGUUUGCUCUAUUUUCAGCCUUUUAUGAUUGAUACUGUUCAGUGGUAGGAUAUAUAGCCAGAAUGUAAAUUGAUGUUGAUCACUGUUAACCGUACAGAAACUGUUUCUUGUGAUCACAACUGAAAGCAAACGCACCGACGGACAUUUCAAGUAUUUCAAUAUUAUACAAAAGUUACGGCUAAAAUCAAAAUUGCCCGUCGGAAAAACGUGAAAGCGCUAAGUGCUUUUUUAAAUGUACGAGCAUUCCGAAAGAUACAAGAAUCCAUUGAAAAGAAGCUUUCGCAAAGCCGAGAAGGCUACAGUUUCCAUUAUGUUUGGUAAACUUUGGUUUGUUUUGGUUCUUGGACCUGUGGGACCUCAGGGACCUCUGGGCCGAAGGCUCAUGAUGUCAUUGUUUUUAACAGCCAAUCAAGGGCAAGAAUUUGAUUUGCAUAUGAAUAACAUACAAAAAAACCAUUGAAUUCGUAACCGAGCCGGGAUAGCGCAAUUGGCAUAAGCAUUGAAUUGGUAAUUAAUUGGCAAACAAAGAGGUGACGGGUUCGAGUCCCGCCUGAUUAGCAUAAAAAAAAAAAAAAAAAAAAGAGAGCGCGGCUUGGAUCUGGGAGGGCUUGGGGCGAGGAGAGGGAAGAUAAAAGGCCUUGGGAAGGGUAUGGGAAGCGGGAGUUGGUACACCGGUCCGGGGGCGGGCCGGGGGGAGGGCAGGGAGAGGGGGCAGGUGGGAGGGGGGUAGGUAGAUAGGUAGAUUGGUAGAUUGAGGGCUAGGUAGAUAGAUAGAUAGAUAGAGGGUAGAUAGGUAGAUAGGUAGAGGUGGGUGGGUAGAUAGGGAGAUAGGUAGAGGGCGGAGGGAUGGGAGGGGAAGGGAAGGGAAGGGAAGAAGGGAAGGGAAGGGAAGGGAGGGGUCUAGCCUGCGAGCAAGGUCUCUUGCUGCCGGGAUUGGGGGAGGAAUGGGUGGGGUGGGGCAGUGAGAGACCUUGCUCGCAGGCUAGACCCGGGGAGGGGUUUUGCUGCUCAACACAAUUUUUUUUUUUCUUACUUUUAUGAAAUUCUUGACUCAAAAUAAGCACUUUUAGAAAAAGAUGCAUUGACGUAAGAAAAAAACGGGGAAAAAAAAACGACGUGUGCGAAGAAACCAGCAAAAUUUGUGAUUAUACAGUUGUCAAUACUAAUGGGAACAACUUCUCCACACUUUGAGACCCACAGGACGCUUUUUCCCACAUUCAACUUCGCGACCCUUUUCUUUAAUGCAGUGCAUAAACAGACCAUGAAGUUCCAAACUGCUCUUCGUCUGAAGUUGGAGAAUUUUCUUUAUUGGUCAUGGACCUUGGGUUACAUUUAACAGCCUGAUUUUAAGACUGGAUUGGAAAUAGCUUGAAUUAACCUUGCCUGCGAAAGAAAAACACGACCUGAUGGAAUUUCUAAACGUCAAUAGGCCGGGCAAACAAUGUUUGUUUGGUUCAUCUUGUCAACUGCCUUUUGGGUCAAGUUCGAAACUGAUGGAGAUCUCCUGGAAAUGUCCCUGGGACUCUUGUGAUGUCUCAAGUAAGAGGAUGUAAGUAUAUUUCAUUCUGGAAAAAACGUCUUUUACCUGCCGUAGGACACGCAGGAUACCACUUCGUUUUGAUCUUUCAGGCUGAGUUCAUGAUUCUAUUACAAGUUUUCGGUCGCAUCGAUAGCAUUUUAGUAUGAUUUACACUGCUACUUGCAGAUUUCCUAUUGCAAUCAAAAGGGUAGCAGAUUCAGGCUAGAGUACUGUAGUUGCCUAGUUAGAGAAAAACGCCGUUUUUCUUGAUUUCGAAGCAAAGGGUCAUAUUGCUGGCUCCAAGUCUAUUAAAAGUCCCAUAACCUUCGCGUUUUUCAUUUAUAAGAUCAAUUUUGCUCGUUGCAGGAACACUUGUAAAAGGCGUGAGAAUAACAUGCAUAUUCUCCAUACUCAUUCCUUUACCGUUCAUCUGGCGCUAACCAGGAGAAUUUGAUUAGAAAUCACAAUUUCUUUCGCUGCUGAGCAGUUUGCUCUAUUUUCAGCCUUUUAUGAUUGAUACUGUUCAGUGGUAGGAUAUAUAGCCAGAAUGUAAAUUGAUGUUGAUCACUGUUAACCGUACAGAAACUGUUUCUUGUGAUCACAACUGAAAGCAAACGCACCGACGGACAUUUCAAGUAUUUCAAUAUUAUACAAAAGUUACGGCUAAAAUCAAAAUUGCCCGUCGGAAAAACGUGAAAGCGCUAAGUGCUUUUUUAAAUGUACGAGCAUUCCGAAAGAUACAAGAAUCCAUUGAAAAGAAGCUUUCGCAAAGCCGAGAAGGCUACAGUUUCCAUUAUGUUUGGUAAACUUUGGUUUGUUUUGGUUCUUGGACCUGUGGGACCUCAGGGACCUCUGGGCCGAAGGCUCAUGAUGUCAUUGUUUUUAACAGCCAAUCAAGGGCAAGAAUUUGAUUUGCAUAUGAAUAACAAACAAAAAAACCAUUGAAUUCGUAACCGAGCCGGGAUAGCGCAAUUGGCAUAAGCAUUGAAUUGGUAAUUAAUUGGCAAACAAAGAGGUGACGGGUUCGAGUCCCGCCUGAUUAGCAUAAAAAAGAAAAAAAAAAAAAAGAGAGCGCGGCUUGGAUCUGGGAGGGCUUGGGGCGAGGAGAGGGAAGAUAAAAGGCCUUGGGAAGGGUAUGGGAAGCGGGAGUUGGUACACCGGUCCGGGGGCGGGCCGGGGGGAGGGCAGGGAGAGGGGGCAGGUGGGAGGGGGGUAGGUAGAUAGGUAGAUUGGUAGAUUGAGGGCUAGGUAGAUAGAUAGAUAGAGAGGUAGAUAGGUAGAUAGGUAGAGGUGGGUAGGUAGAUAGGGAGAUAGGUAGAGGGCGGAGGGAUGGGAGGGGGAAGGGAAGGGAAGGGAAGAGAAGGGAAGGGAAGGGAAGGGAGGGGGUCUAGCCUGCGAGCAAGGUCUCUUGCUGCCGGGAUUGGGGGGAGGAAUGGGUGGGGUGGGGCAGUGAGAGACCUUGCUCGCAGGCUAGACCCGGGGAGGGUUUUGCUGCUCAACACAAUUUUUUUUUUUCUUCUUACUUUUAUGAAAUUCUUGACUCAAAAUAAGCACUUUUAGAAAAAGAUGCAUUGACGUAAGAAAAAAACGGGGAAAAAAACGACGUGUGCGAAGAAACCAGCAAAAUUUGUGAUUAUACAGUUGUCAAUACUAAUGGGAACAACUUCUCCACACUUUGAGACCCACAGGACGCUUUUUCCCACAUUCAACUUCGCGACCCUUUUCUUUAAUGCAGUGCAUAAACAGACCAUGAAGUUCCAAACUGCUCUUCGUCUGAAGUUGGAGAAUUUUCUUUAUUGGUCAUGGACCUUGGGUUACAUUUAACAGCCUGAUUUUAAGACUGGAUUGGAAAUAGCUUGAAUUAACCUUGCCUGCGAAAGAAACACGACCUGAUGGAAUUUCUAAACGUCAAUAGGCCGGGCAAACAAUGUUUGUUUGGUUCAUCUUGUCAACUGCCUUUUGGGUCAAGUUCGAAACUGAUGGAGAUCUCCUGGAAAUGUCCCUGGGACUCUUGUGAUGUCUCAAGUAAGAGGAUGUAAGUAUAUUUCAUUCUGGAAAAACGUCUUUUACCUGCCGUAGGACACGCAGGAUACCACUUCGUUUUGAUCUUUCAGGCUGAGUUCAUGAUUCUAUUACAAGUUUUCGGUCGCAUCGAUAGCAUUUUAGUAUGAUUUACACUGCUACUUGCAGAUUUCCUAUUGCAAUCAAAAGGGUAGCAGAUUCAGGCUAGAGUACUGUAGUUGCCUAGUUAGAGAAAAACGCCGUUUUUCUUGAUUUCGAAGCAAAGGGUCAUAUUGCUGGCUCCAAGUCUAUUAAAAGUCCCAUAACCUUCGCGUUUUUCAUUUAUAAGAUCAAUUUUGCUCGUUGCAGGAACACUUGUAAAAGGCGUGAGAAUAACAUGCAUAUUCUCCAUACUCAUUCCUUUACCGUUCAUCUGGCGCUAACCAGGAGAAUUUGAUUAGAAAUCACAAUUUCUUUCGCUGCUGAGCAGUUUGCUCUAUUUUCAGCCUUUUAUGAUUGAUACUGUUCAGUGGUAGGAUAUAUAGCCAGAAUGUAAAUUGAUGUUGAUCACUGUUAACCGUACAGAAACUGUUUCUUGUGAUCACAACUGAAAGCAAACGCACCGACGGACAUUUCAAGUAUUUCAAUAUUAUACAAAAGUUACGGCUAAAAUCAAAAUUGCCCGUCGGAAAAACGUGAAAGCGCUAAGUGCUUUUUUAAAUGUACGAGCAUUCCGAAAGAUACAAGAAUCCAUUGAAAAGAAGCUUUCGCAAAGCCGAGAAGGCUACAGUUUCCAUUAUGUUUGGUAAACUUUGGUUUGUUUUGGUUCUUGGACCUGUGGGACCUCAGGGACCUCUGGGCCGAAGGCUCAUGAUGUCAUUGUUUUUAACAGCCAAUCAAGGGCAAGAAUUUGAUUUGCAUAUGAAUAACAUACAAAAAAAAAACCAUUGAAUUCGUAACCGAGCCGGGAUAGCGCAAUUGGCAUAAGCAUUGAAUUGGUAAUUAAUUGGCAAACAAAGAGGUGACGGGUUCGAGUCCCGCCUGAUUAGCAUAAAAAGAAAAAAAAAAAAAAAAGAGCGCGGCUUGGAUCUGGGAGGGCUUGGGGCGAGGAGAGGGAAGAUAAAAGGCCUUGGGAAGGGUAUGGGAAGCGGGAGUUGGUACACCGGUCCGGGGGCGGGCCGGGGGGGGCAGGGAGAGGGGGCAGGUGGGAGGGGGGGUAGGUAGAUAGGUAGAUUGGUAGAUUGAGGGCUAGGUAGAUAGAUAGAUAGAGAGGUAGAUAGGUAGAUAGGUAGAGGUGGGUAGGUAGAUAGGGAGAUAGGUAGAGGGCGGAGGGAUGGGAGGGGGAAGGGAAGGGAAGGGAAGAGAAGGGAAGGGAAGGGAAGGGAGGGGGUCUAGCCUGCGAGCAAGGUCUCUUGCUGCCGGGAUUGGGGGAGGAAUGGGUGGGGUGGGGCAGUGAGAGACCUUGCUCGCAGGCUAGACCCGGGGAGGGUUUUGCUGCUCAACACAAUUUUUUUUUUUCUUCUUACUUUUAUGAAAUUCUUGACUCAAAAUAAGCACUUUUAGAAAAAGAUGCAUUGACGUAAGAAAAAAACGGGGAAAAAAAAACGACGUGUGCGAAGAAACCAGCAAAAUUUGUGAUUAUACAGUUGUCAAUACUAAUGGGAACAACUUCUCCACACUUUGAGACCCACAGGACGCUUUUUUCCCACAUUCAACUUCGCGACCCUUUUCUUUAAUGCAGUGCAUAAACAGACCAUGAAGUUCCAAACUGCUCUUCGUCUGAAGUUGGAGAAUUUUCUUUAUUGGUCAUGGACCUUGGGUUACAUUUAACAGCCUGAUUUUAAGACUGGAUUGGAAAUAGCUUGAAUUAACCUUGCCUGCGAAAGAAACACGACCUGAUGGAAUUUCUAAACGUCAAUAGGCCGGGCAAACAAUGUUUGUUUGGUUCAUCUUGUCAACUGCCUUUUGGGUCAAGUUCGAAACUGAUGGAGAUCUCCUGAAAUGUCCCUGGGACUCUUGUGAUGUCUCAAGUAAGAGGAUGUAAGUAUAUUUCAUUCUGGAAAAAACGUCUUUUACCUGCCGUAGGACACGCAGGAUACCACUUCGUUUUGAUCUUUCAGGCUGAGUUCAUGAUUCUAUUACAAGUUUUCGGUCGCAUCGAUAGCAUUUUAGUAUGAUUUACACUGCUACUUGCAGAUUUCCUAUUGCAAUCAAAAGGGUAGCAGAUUCAGGCUAGAGUACUGUAGUUGCCUAGUUAGAGAAAAACGCCGUUUUUCUUGAUUUCGAAGCAAAGGGUCAUAUUGCUGGCUCCAAGUCUAUUAAAAGUCCCAUAACCUUCGCGUUUUUCAUUUAUAAGAUCAAUUUUGCUCGUUGCAGGAACACUUGUAAAAGGCGUGAGAAUAACAUGCAUAUUCUCCAUACUCAUUCCUUUACCGUUCAUCUGGCGCUAACCAGGAGAAUUUGAUUAGAAAUCACAAUUUCUUUCGCUGCUGAGCAGUUUGCUCUAUUUUCAGCCUUUUAUGAUUGAUACUGUUCAGUGGUAGGAUAUAUAGCCAGAAUGUAAAUUGAUGUUGAUCACUGUUAACCGUACAGAAACUGUUUCUUGUGAUCACAACUGAAAGCAAACGCACCGACGGACAUUUCAAGUAUUUCAAUAUUAUACAAAAGUUACGGCUAAAAUCAAAAUUGCCCGUCGGAAAAACGUGAAAGCGCUAAGUGCUUUUUUUAAAUGUACGAGCAUUCCGAAAGAUACAAGAAUCCAUUGAAAAGAAGCUUUCGCAAAGCCGAGAAGGCUACAGUUUCCAUUAUGUUUGGUAAACUUUGGUUUGUUUUGGUUCUUGGACCUGUGGGACCUCAGGGACCUCUGGGCCGAAGGCUCAUGAUGUCAUUGUUUUUAACAGCCAAUCAAGGGCAAGAAUUUGAUUUGCAUAUGAAUAACAUACAAAAAAACCAUUGAAUUCGUAACCGAGCCGGGAUAGCGCAAUUGGCAUAAGCAUUGAAUUGGUAAUUAAUUGGCAAACAAAGAGGUGACGGGUUCGAGUCCCGCCUGAUUAGCAAAAAAAAAAAAAAAAAAAAAAAAGAGAGCGCGGCUUGGAUCUGGGAGGGCUUGGGGCGAGGAGAGGGAAGAUAAAAGGCCUUGGGAAGGGUAUGGGAAGCGGGAGUUGGUACACCGGUCCGGGGGCGGGCCGGGGGGAGGGGCAGGAGAGGGGGCAGGUGGGAGGGGGGGUAGGUAGAUAGGUAGAUUGGUAGAUUGAGGGCUAGGUAGAUAGAUAGAUAGAGAGGUAGAUAGGUAGAUAGGUAGAGGUGGGUAGGUAGAUAGGGAGAUAGGUAGAGGGCGGAGGGAUGGGAGGGGGAAGGGAAGGGAAGGGAAGAGAAGGGAAGGGAAGGGGGGGGUCUAGCCUGCGAGCAAGGUCUCUUGCUGCCGGGAUUGGGGGAGGAAUGGGUGGGGUGGGGCAGUGAGAGACCUUGCUCGCAGGCUAGACCCGGGGAGGGUUUUGCUGCUCAACACAAUUUUUUUUUUUUUUUCUUCUUACUUUUAUGAAAUUCUUGACUCAAAAUAAGCACUUUUAGAAAAAGAUGCAUUGACGUAAGAAAAAACGGGGAAAAAAACGACGUGUGCGAAGAAACCAGCAAAAUUUGUGAUUAUACAGUUGUCAAUACUAAUGGGAACAACUUCUCCACACUUUGAGACCCACAGGACGCUUUUUUCCCACAUUCAACUUCGCGACCCUUUUCUUUAAUGCAGUGCAUAAACAGACCAUGAAGUUCCAAACUGCUCUUCGUCUGAAGUUGGAGAAUUUUCUUUAUUGGUCAUGGACCUUGGGUUACAUUUAACAGCCUGAUUUUAAGACUGGAUUGAAAUAGCUUGAAUUAACCUUGCCUGCGAAAGAAACACGACCUGAUGGAAUUUCUAAACGUCAAUAGGCCGGGCAAACAAUGUUUGUUUGGUUCAUCUUGUCAACUGCCUUUUGGGUCAAGUUCGAAACUGAUGGAGAUCUCCUGAAAUGUCCCUGGGACUCUUGUGAUGUCUCAAGUAAGAGGAUGUAAGUAUAUUUCAUUCUGGAAAAAACGUCUUUUACCUGCCGUAGGACACGCAGGAUACCACUUCGUUUUGAUCUUUCAGGCUGAGUUCAUGAUUCUAUUACAAGUUUUCGGUCGCAUCGAUAGCAUUUUAGUAUGAUUUACACUGCUACUUGCAGAUUUCCUAUUGCAAUCAAAAGGGUAGCAGAUUCAGGCUAGAGUACUGUAGUUGCCUAGUUAGAGAAAAACGCCGUUUUUCUUGAUUUCGAAGCAAAGGGUCAUAUUGCUGGCUCCAAGUCUAUUAAAAGUCCCAUAACCUUCGCGUUUUUCAUUUAUAAGAUCAAUUUUGCUCGUUGCAGGAACACUUGUAAAAGGCGUGAGAAUAACAUGCAUAUUCUCCAUACUCAUUCCUUUACCGUUCAUCUGGCGCUAACCAGGAGAAUUUGAUUAGAAAUCACAAUUUCUUUCGCUGCUGAGCAGUUUGCUCUAUUUUCAGCCUUUUAUGAUUGAUACUGUUCAGUGGUAGGAUAUAUAGCCAGAAUGUAAAUUGAUGUUGAUCACUGUUAACCGUACAGAAACUGUUUCUUGUGAUCACAACUGAAAGCAAACGCACCGACGGACAUUUCAAGUAUUUCAAUAUUAUACAAAAGUUACGGCUAAAAUCAAAAUUGCCCGUCGGAAAAACGUGAAAGCGCUAAGUGCUUUUUUAAAUGUACGAGCAUUCCGAAAGAUACAAGAAUCCAUUGAAAAGAAGCUUUCGCAAAGCCGAGAAGGCUACAGUUUCCAUUAUGUUUGGUAAACUUUGGUUUGUUUUGGUUCUUGGACCUGUGGGACCUCAGGGACCUCUGGGCCGAAGGCUCAUGAUGUCAUUGUUUUUAACAGCCAAUCAAGGGCAAGAAUUUGAUUUGCAUAUGAAUAACAUACAAAAAAACCAUUGAAUUCGUAACCGAGCCGGGAUAGCGCAAUUGGCAUAAGCAUUGAAUUGGUAAUUAAUUGGCAAACAAAGAGGUGACGGGUUCGAGUCCCGCCUGAUUAGCAUAAAAAAAAAAAAAAAAAAAAAAAAAAGAGCGGCUUGGAUCUGGGAGGGCUUGGGGCGAGGAGAGGGAAGAUAAAAGGCCUUGGGAAGGGUAUGGGAAGCGGGAGUUGGUACACCGGUCCGGGGGCGGGCCGGGGGAGGGCAGGGAGAGGGGGGCAGGUGGGAGGGGGUAGGUAGAUAGGUAGAUUGGUAGAUUGAGGGCUAGGUAGAUAGAUAGAUAGAGAGGUAGAUAGAUAGAUAGAUAGGUAGAGGUGGGUAGGUAGAUAGGGAGAUAGGUAGAGGGCGGAGGGAUGGGAGGGGAAGGGAAGGAAGGGAAGAGAAGGGAGGGGAAGGGAGGGGAGGGGGUCUAGCCUGCGAGCAGGGUCUCUUGCUGCGGGGAUGGGGGGGAGGAAUGGGUGGGGUGGGGCAGUGAGAGACCUUGCUCGCAGGCUAGACCCGGGGAGGGUUUUGCUGCUCAACACAAUUUUUUUUUUUCUUCUUACUUUUAUGAAAUUCUUGACUCAAAAUAAGCACUUUUAGAAAAAGAUGCAUUGACGUAAGAAAAAACGGGGAAAAAAAACGACGUGUGCGAAGAAACCAGCAAAAUUUGUGAUUAUACAGUUGUCAAUACUAAUGGGAACAACUUCCACACACUUUGAGACCCACAGGACGCUUUUUCCCACAUUCAACUUCGCGACCCUUUUUUUUUUAAUGCAGUGCAUAAACAGACCAUGAAGUUCCAAACUGCUCUUCGUCUGAAGUUGGAGAAUUUUCUUUAUUGGUCAUGGACCUUGGGUUACAUUUAACAGCCUGAUUUUAAGACUGGAUUGGAAAUAGCUUGAAUUAACCUUGCCUGCGAAAGAAACACGACCUGAUGGAAUUUCUAAACGUCAAUAGGCCGGGCAAACAAUGUUUGUUUGGUUCAUCUUGUCAACUGCCUUUUGGGUCAAGUUCGAAACUGAUGGAGAUCUCCUGAAAAUGUCCCUGGGACUCUUGUGAUGUCUCAAGUAAGAGGAUGUAAGUAUAUUUCAUUCUGGAAAAAACGUCUUUUACCUGCCGUAGGACACGCAGGAUACCACUUCGUUUUGAUCUUUCAGGCUGAGUUCAUGAUUCUAUUACAAGUUUUCGGUCGCAUCGAUAGCAUUUUAGUAUGAUUUACACUGCUACUUGCAGAUUUCCUAUUGCAAUCAAAAAGGGUAGCAGAUUCAGGCUAGAGUACUGUAGUUGUUUAGUUAGAGAAAAAACGCCGUUUUUCUUGAUUUCGAAGCAAAGGGUCAUAUUGCUGGCUCCAAGUCUAUUAAAAGUCCCAUAACCUUCGCGUUUUUCAUUUAUAAGAUCAAUUUUGCUCGUUGCAGGAACACUUGUAAAAGGCGUGAGAAUAACAUGCAUAUUCUCCAUACUCAUUCCUUUACCGUUCAUCUGGCGCUAACCAGGAGAAUUUGAUUAGAAAUCACAAUUUCUUUUUCGCUGCUGAGCAGUUUGCUCUAUUUUCAGCCUUUUAUGAUUGAUACUGUUCAGUGGUAGGAUAUAUAGCCAGAAUGUAAAUUGAUGUUGAUCACUGUUAACCGUACAGAAACUGUUUCUUGUGAUCACAACUGAAAGCAAACGCACCGACGGACAUUUCAAGUAUUUCAAUAUUAUACAAAAGUUACGGCUAAAAUCAAAAUUGCCCGUCGGAAAAACGUGAAAGCGCUAAGUGCUUUUUAAAUGUACGAGCAUUCCGAAAGAUACAAGAAUCCAUUGAAAAGAAGCUUUCGCAAAGCCGAGAAGGCUACAGUUUCCAUUAUGUUUGGUAAACUUUGGUUUGUUUUGGUUCUUGGACCUGUGGGACCUCAGGGACCUCUGGGCCGAAGGCUCAUGAUGUCAUUGUUUUUAACAGCCAAUCAAGGGCAAGAAUUUGAUUUGCAUAUGAAUAACAUACAAAAAAACCAUUGAAUUCGUAACCGAGCCGGGAUAGCGCAAUUGGCAUAAGCAUUGAAUUGGUAAUUAAUUGGCAAACAAAGAGGUGACGGGUUCGAGUCCCGCCUGAUUAGCAUAAAAAAGAAAAAAAAAAAAAAAAGAGAGCGGCUGGGAUCUGGGAGGGCUUGGGGCGGGGAGAGGGAAGAAAAAGGGCGUGGGGAGGGGUGGGGGAGGGGGGGGUGGGUACCCGGGUCGGGGGGGGGGCGGGGGGGGGGGGGGGGGGGGGGGGCGGGGGGGAGGGGGGUAGGUAGAUAGGUAGAUUGGUAGAUUGAGGGCUAGGUAGAUAGAUAGAUAGAGAGGUAGAUAGGUAGAUAGGUAGAGGUGGGUAGGUAGAUAGGGAGAUAGGUAGAGGGCGGAGGGAUGGGAGGGGAAGGGAAGGAAGGGAAGGGAAGGAAGGAAGGGAGGGGGGG